CAUGACAUUUGUUAUACGAUGUUAGGUGAGAUGUUUAACCAUACAUAUCAGCACAAGAAUCAUGACCACUCUAAUACUCUAACCAUAUCGCUUCAACUUAAUGAUUUUUCACCGGCAAGCUUGAUGAGAUCCCAUAAAUAGAACAACAUUUGCAAUUCGACUAGAAUUUCCAUCCUCUUGUGAUCUAUGGAUCCACUUCUUCUUUCCAUCAUCUUAUGCUCAUGGAUCCUUGCUGCAGUGUAUUGGAGAAGAUUCAACAGGAUGAGGCUAAGGCUUCCACCUGGACCUCCAAGAUGGCCAAUCUUUGGGAACCUUCUCCAGUUGAGUCCUCUUCCCCACAAGGACUUUGCUCGAUUUUGCACCAAGUAUGGACCCCUUGUCUAUCUUCGUCUUGGAACCAUUGAUGCCAUCACCACUGAUGAUCCUGAAGUCAUCCGUGAAAUACUUAUCCGGCAAGAUGAGAUCUUUGCUUCACGGCCCCGGACAUUGGCUGCUGUUCACCUUGCCUAUGGGUGCGGUGACGUGGCUCUUGCUCCACUGGGGCCAAACUGGAAGAGGAUGAGGAGGGUCUGCAUGGAGCACCUAUUGACCACCAAGCGGCUGGAAUCCUUUGCUGCUCACCGAGCUGAGGAAGCUGAGCACCUCUGUCAGUUUGUAUGGGCUAAAUCCCAGUCAGGUAAGCCUGUGAAUCUCAGAGAGGUUCUUGGGGCCUUCUCAAUGAACAAUGUGACGAGAAUGCUGCUAGGAAAGCAGUACUUUGGGCUGCAGUCAGCAGGCCCCGGUGAAGCGAUGGAGUUCAUGCACAUCACCCAUGAGCUGUUCUUUCUUCUGGGCCUGAUCUAUCUUGGCGAUUACUUGCCUGCCUGGAGAUGGGUCGAUCCAUAUGGAUGCGAGAAGAAGAUGAGGGAGGUUGAGAAGAAGGUGGAUGAUUUUCACCAGAAGAUAAUUGAUGAGCAUAGGAAGGCAAGGGAGGCCAGGAAGAGUGCAUCCCUUGACGAUGAUGGUGAUGAUAGCAAAGAAGAGAUGGACUUUGUUGAUGUGCUGCUUUCCUUGCCUGGCGAGAAUGGGAAGGAGCACAUGGAGGAUGUGGAGAUCAAAGCCUUAAUGCAGGACAUGAUCGCUGCUGCAACUGAUACUUCAUCAGUGACCAACGAGUGGGUGAUGGCAGAGGUGAUCAAGAACCCGCGGGUCCUCCGCAAGAUCCAGGAGGAGCUCGACACCGUUGUCGGCCGCAGCCGCAUGGUGGUGGAGUCGGACCUCCCCCACCUGACCUACCUCCGCUGCGUCGUCCGGGAGUCCUUCCGGAUGCACCCGGCCGGGCCGUUCCUGAUCCCGCACGAGUCCCUGAAGCCGACGACGAUCAUGGGCUACGACAUCCCGGCGCAGACGAGGAUCUUCAUCAACACCCACGCGCUGGGCCGGAACCCGCGCAUCUGGGACGACAUCGAGGAGUUCCGGCCGGAGAGGCACCUCCCGGCGGACGGCGGGCGCGUGGAGAUCAGCCACCUGCCGGACUUCAAGAUCCUGCCCUUCAGCGCCGGGAAGCGCAAGUGCCCCGGCGCGCCGCUGGGCGUGAUCCUGGUGCUCAUGGCGCUCGCCAGGCUCUUCCACUGCUUCGACUGGUCCCCGCCGGACGGCCUCCGCCCCGAGGACAUCGACACCAACGAAGUCUACGGGAUGACCAUGCCCAAGGCCAAGCCGCUCAUCGCCGCCGCUCAACCGCGCUUGCCGCCGCAGAUGUACGGCUCCUGUCCUAGCCAUGGCAUGCAGAUGUAAGCUCGAGCAGAACAUAGAUCCUAUUAUACUACCACAAGAAUGGUGAACAAAAUACAUAUGCA